GCUAGCUACAGUUCAUCAUAUACAUCGAUCAAGGAAAAAAUAACCAUAUAAUUAUGUCGCUAUAUUAUGACUUCCUGGCCUGCUGGAAUGAGAAAGAAGUCUCAAAUAAGGGAGUUCCCACCGAGCUCAGCCUCUCUCUGGGGCCUUCCCCCACGAAGGAUAUCUAUCCUCUCGACGGCCUCCUCUCGGACCACGAAGAUAACAAUGGAGUCUGCUUGACACUCCGGUUGUCGCCACCGGGUUCCAGUCUCUCUUCCGGUACUCCAUGUAGUUGUAAAAGAAAGACACCUUCAUGGGCCAAGCAGUCAAGAACUUAUAAGAAAAAGGAUGACACCACAUCCCCGAGUACGUCAAAAACUUAUAAGUGCGCGCGCUCUAAAGGAUCAACAAAAAGAGAAGGCAGCGGGGUGCACCAGAGCCCUUCUCCGAGAGCGGGUCUCGGAGAAGGAGGUGGGGACGGGCCGUGGGUGAAGAAGAUGCUGAGCGCGAGCGACGUGAACUCGUCGUCGAGGCUUUUGUUGCCUAAGGCAGAGAUCAUUGAUAGGUACGUGUUGCCUUCUCUGGACGAGGAGAAGGAGACAGCCUGCCAAAGCGCGAUGGGGCUGAGAGUGAAGGUGACGGACAAGGACUGCGACGAGAAAUACGAGCUAACCCUUUUGCAGUGGAAAAGCGGAAGCUAUGUGCUCACUAACAACUGGUCGGAAUAUUUUGUGAGACGGAGGAUUUUGAAGGAAGGAGACUCCAUUGAGUUGUCCUGGAAUGCUCAAAACCUGGAGUUUCUCUUCCGCAAAUCCACAAAUUAAUGUUCCUAGAUCUACUUGACAAUUAAUUAAUGUUGUCACCAUUAAUUAAUUAGGCUUUGCUUGGACCGAUUGCGUUCAAUUCUUUUUUUUUUCUUUUUUAAUUUCAUUGGUAAAUAUUUCAAAAAAAUUAUAUCGUUACAGUACAGUUUUUAUUAUAAUCACAUCCUUAGUACGUAGUAUAUACUUCGUAUAUUGCCCGUGGAUUGAAUUGAGAUUGAAUAAUCACUAGAAAAAGUACUUCGUAUAUUGCCCGUGGAUUGAAUUGAGAUUGAAUAAUCACUAGAAAAAGUUACAUACAGGAUUGGCAUGAACCGCCGC